CGCCCCCGCCCGCGGGUGGGGGUGUUUCCGCCAUUUUUGAAAAAUUGGAAGGUCCUGGGUUUCUCGGUAGUUGCCGCGGUCCAGAUGGCAUCGUUUGCCGUGGAGCCCCAGGCGCCCGCGCUAGGAUCUGAACCAAUGAUGCUGGGUUCACCUACAUCUCCAAAGCCAGGAGUUAAUGCCCAGUUCUUACCUGGAUUUUUAAUGGGGGAUUUGCCCGCUCCAGUGACUCCACAACCUCGAACAAUAAGUGGACCCUCAGUUGGAGUUAUGGAAAUGAGAUCGCCUUUACUUGCAGGUGGAUCACCACCACAACCAGUUGUACCAGCUCAUAAAGAUAAAAGUGGAGCUCCACCUGUUAGAAGUAUAUAUGAUGAAAUUUCCAGCCCAGGACUUGGAUCAACACCUUUAAAUUCAAGAAGACAGACAAACAUUUCAGUAAUGCAGAGUCCUCUUGUUGGAGUUACAACUACUCCUGGAACAGGACAAAGUGUGUUUAGCCCAGCAAAUAUUGGUCAGCCACGAAAGACGACACUAUCUCCUGCCCAGUUGGAUCCUUUUUAUACACAAGGAGAUUCUCUGACUUCAGAAGAUCACCUUGAUGACACUUGGGUGACUGUGUUUGGGUUUCCACAAGCAUCUGCAUCUUAUAUAUUGCUACAAUUUGCACAAUAUGGAAAUAUCUUAAAACAUGUGAUGUCCAACACAGGAAACUGGAUGCAUAUUCGUUACCAGUCUAAACUGCAGGCCCGGAAAGCUUUAAGCAAAGAUGGGAGGAUAUUUGGAGAGUCCAUCAUGAUUGGUGUAAAACCAUGCAUCGAUAAAACUGUCAUGGAAAACAGUGAAAGAUGUUCUUUGUCAUCACCAUCUUUGGUAUUUACACCACCAAUUAAGACCUUAGGUACACCAGCACAAUCCGGAAGUACUCCUAGGAUUUCUACCAUGAGACCUCUUGCUACAGCAUACAAAGCUUCUACUAGUGAUUAUCAGGUUAUUUCUGACAGACAAACGCCAAAAAAAGAUGAAAGUCUUGUCUCGAAAGCAAUGGAGUACAUGUUUGGCUGGUAGAUAAUAAGAGCUAAGAGCUCCGCUAUGAAGGAGGAGGUCCUUGCACUAAAACCAGAGUUAGCAAAGUACCGCCAGUUUCCUUUGGUUAGUUGUAUAACCAUACUUGGCAGUGGUGGGUAGCUAUCUCAGAUGCUUAUUUCUAAAGAUUUUUUUUUUAAGAAUACAUCCUAUUUGUAGCUCGCGCUUUAAAAGAUGCUUGAGAUACAUUUUGAAGAAAACCUAAAAAUCACUCUAGAUAGGAUUUUGUGCUUCAUGUGAUAGUGCAUGCACAAGAAACUCAGCACUGAUUAUUGUAAACUAAGUAAUUGAAUUUGGAGAAUUAUCUCCUAGUUUUCAUGAGAAGGUGAAUUUCAUGAAAGCUGCUUGUAUUUACCAAGACACGAUUAUAACUAGCAAUGUGAAUGAUGGUCUUUUAAUUGAGAUAGUAUUUAAUAUUCUGAUUACCUUUGUAUAUAUCCUGUUGUGGUUUAUCAUCUUUUACUACUAUAAAACCCAACUAUUCUUUUUUAAAAACCUACUACUAAAAUUUCUUGAUAAUAAACUUUGUCAAUUAUGUACUGAAUAUAUUUUGAAGUGGUGAUUUAUUAUUGUUUUAUUUGUUCACUGAACUAUAGAAAAUAUUUUAUUAACUUUUGUAUACCUAAAAUCCAGCUUUAAUUGCUUUUACGUUGUACCAUUAUUUUUUGUUUAUUUAUAUUUUUAAGUAGUUCAAAGGGGUUUCAAUUAAAAUGUCCAUUUAUUGUAAGUGCAGUGUGUCUUGCUCUUCCAUUAUUCCCCUUCCCUCUCCUUUGUGUUUGUGUUUAAAGCACACACGAGAUGGAUGCAGUUUUAAUAUAAGUACUUCAGGAUAUAUUAAAAAAUAAAAAUCAUAUUUCUCUAUAUAAUUAAAAUGUCCGUAUCCCACUUACCAAUUAGUAAUGGUUACUGUGCAAUAUUCAGUUCAUUAAAUGAAAUAUUUAUUAUUUAUUCAAAUCAUGAUCAAACUCGAUUUACACAUUGUUAUUUAUCUCUUAACUGUCCUAGUAAGUUAGUUCUUUCCCUGGUCCCCAUUGUCCAGCAUACCACAACCUACUAAAGCUGCCUUGUGAGUUGACUGUAGUCUGAGCUUGCUCACUAUUUUUUCUAUGUCCUGGAAACUAGAUCUAGAGAAGAUUAGAUUUUGAUUUCAUUUUUUUGGAAAUAAUAGUUGGUAGCUUCAUGCUACACAUAAUAAGACAAAAGAUAUUAAUUGUAGUUGUUUGAUUUUAAUGAUGUUUUAACUGAUCAUGGUUAUAUGUGCAGAAGCCUG